CCCACUCAACUCAUCAUGGCCAAGCCCGACGGAAAGGCACUUGCUCAGAAGGCGAUCGCUGCGCGCGACGCUACCAUCCCCCAGGAGUACCUCCUCCCCAAGUCAGCCUACCCGCUGCCGAAGAAUCGCCGGGGGCUGCUGGAGAGCUCGGGCAUCCUCAAGCCCAAGGAGCUUGAGAUUGUCGACCUAACCCUCAUCCCACUCGCCAAGGCCAUCGCCGAGAAGAAGUACACGGCGGUGGAAGUCGCCACGGCGUACUGCAAGGCUGCCGCCAUCGCGCAGCAGGCGACCAACUGCGUCCUCGAGCUGUUCCAGGACGAGGCGCUCGCCGAGGCGCAGAAGCUCGACGACCACCUCGCCAAGACCGGCAAGGUCGUCGGGCCGCUCCACGGUGUCCCCAUCUCGAUCAAGGACCACAUCCGGCAGAAGGGGCACGCGGCGCCCUGCGGCUUCCUGUACGCGGUCGACCAAAUCGCCGAGGAAGACUCGCACCUCUUCAAGGUCCUCCGCGCCGCCGGCGCCGUGCCGUACGUCCGCACGAUCAACUGCCAGGCCGUGAUGCACCUCGAGUGCCGCUCGGCGUGGGGCGCCACGCUCAACCCGUGGAACGCCGACCUUGUGCCCGGCGGAAGCACGGGCGGCGAAGGCGCCCUCCUCGCCAUGCGCGGGUCACCGCUCGGCGUCGGCUCCGACAUCGGCGGGAGCGUGCGCUCGCCCGCGGCCGCGUGCGGCAUCUACUCGUUCAAGCCCUCGAUCGGGCGCGUUCCGAACACGGGCGCCGAGACGCUCUCCGCUGCGGCGGGGUAUGAGGGCAUCAUCUCCACGCUCGGGCCGAUGGGCCGCAGCGUCGAGGACCUCGAGCUCAUCAUGCGCAUUAUUGCCGACGCUAAGCCUUGGGAGUACGACCCGAGCCUGCACGUCAAGCCGUGGCGCGAGAUCAAGCGGACGGGCAAACUGCGCAUCGGCGUCCUGCGCGACGACGGAGUCGUGCGGCCCGUUGGUGCGAUCAACCGCGCCCUCGAGUACGCCGUGGACAAGCUCAAGGCCGCCGGCCACGAGAUCGUCGAGUACAAGCCAUACGAGUCGGAGACGUCGUGGGAUAUCAUCACCAAGCUCUACUUCCCAGACGGCGGCAAGCUGGUUUACGACUCGCUGAAGAAGGCGGACGAGCCAGCCGACCCCAUGACGGACUGGAUUGUGGGGCAGGGCCGCGAGCUAGACCGCGACGAAAUCAUCGACCUCGUAGCCCGGCGCGACAAGUACCGCAUGGCGGUGGCGGCACACUGGCAGAAGGCGGGCAUCGACUGCCUCCUCUCGCCGGUGGGGCCGACCCCCGCGCCCCUCCCCUUCACGGCCAAGUACUGGAACUACACCAGCUACUGGAACCUCGCCAACUACCCGGCGGGCGUGUUCCCCACAGGCCUAUUUGUGGAUGAGAACGACAAGAAGGACACCAACAAGCCGCGGAAUGAGAAGGAGGAGGAGAUCUACGCGUCCUACGACCCCGCCAAGGCGCAGGGUGCGCCGCUGUGUCUCCAGGUUGUCGGGUAUAUCGGCCACGAGGAGGAGACGCUCGACGCCAUGAAGACGAUUGUGAACGCCGUGACGAAGUAGCAGUUGUAGAAGUAUGCAAUUGGUCAGAAGGGGUGGAGCAG